AUGACGUAUCCGUCAACAUUGCGACUUCCCUCUGCGCACCUCUUCAAGCCGUUUCCGUGGCAGGAACUAUUAGUUCAUGUGCUCGAAGCAAAGGGACUGAGAAAGCUGGCCAAUGCAUCUGAAGUCACAUACGAGUACUUUCUGGCUGGGCUGAUUGGGCCGAACGAGCAGCCGCUCGCUCGAGAUCUUGCCGUCGCUUCUGGUGGGACCCUCGUCACGCUUGAAGUUCCUCGUGAAGGCUACAACGAUGCGCUGUCCACACUGAAUCCCGGCGCAGCUAUCUUUGGCUACGGAGCAGACGAGUUCAAGUUUACGUAUGGCGCCUCGAAUGUUGGAGCAGGUAUCGUCGGAUACGACUGGCCAUUGAAUCUGGCGACACUUUCUAGCGGCGACCACGUACCAUCAAACCUCUGCCGAAGAGACAGCCAAUGGUUGACAACGGCCUCUCAUUCUGCGUGGCCAUUGCCAUUACCGACGGCGACAAUAUGA